UUUUCUCAUCCCCUACUCUAUAAAAUACUGAGACCCCAAAACUUUAAGUUUCUUCAACAGCUAGUAAGAAAGCAACACAAAACACUCAAAGCUUUAGCCAAAGGCUUGUUUGGGUGCACAGAGAAGGAAAUAUCACAAAGGUGAAAGAGGAAAAAAGCAUAGAGGAAAAGGAGAUUAUUAAAGGUUUCAUUUAUAUGUUCAUUUGAAGGGAGAGGGAGGAAAUUGAGUAUUAAUUCCACAGGAGGUUAUUCUUCUAGUUUCAGCUAGCUUGCAAAUGAUGGCUGGGAACCCUAACUGGUGGAGUGUGAAUCCACCAUCUUUGAUCCCUUCUUCUCAGUAUGCAAUUGGAUCUUCUUCAAAUCCUUUUAGUUCUUUGAAUGAAAACCUGGAGCCCCAUCAGUCAUUGAGUCAACUUCUUUUUACUGGAUUACCAGGAGAAGAAGAGAGAGUUGCAUUUAGUCAUUUUCAGCCAAAAAAGAUGGAAAACUGGGAUGAACAUAUUAUUAACACAUCCUCCAUGGUUCCUCUUGUUGAUGUAAUAAAGCAUGAAGUUUCUCGAAGUGGCAACAACUUAUAUCACCCUGGGCAUGGGGAAUUUCAGGUUCCUGGAGCAACUUGGUCAAAUAUGGUGACAGUUUCUUCACCUAGGUCAAGUUCUGUUACUAGCUUGAGUAGUAAUAAUUUAUUGGAUUUCACUUAUAAUAACAAGGUCGAUCAUAGGAAGAUUAACCAACUCCCAGAUCACACAUCUGAGUGUAAUAGCAAAGCCACUGGUGGAGUUUGUAAGAAGACAAGGGGUCAGCCAUCUUCAAGCCAACCACCUCUGAAGGUGAGAAAGGAGAAGCUAGGUGAUAGAAUAACAUCCCUUCACCAGCUGGUUUCCCCGUUUGGAAAGACUGACACAGCUUCUGUCUUGUUAGAAGCAAUUGGAUAUAUCAGAUUCCUGCAAGGUCAAAUUGAGGCACUCAGUUCUCCUUACUUGGGUAAUGGAUCAAAAAACAUGAGGAAUCAACAAUAUGUACAUGGAGAAAGAAAUGCUGUAUUUCCUGAGGACCCCGGUCAGCUGUUAAAUGAUUCUGGCCUGAAAAGAAAGGGAGCUCCAAACCAGGAUGGAGAUAGGCCAAAAGACUUGAGGAGUAGAGGGUUGUGCUUGGUUCCAGUCUCUUGUACCCAACAUGUUGGAAAUGAAAAUGGAGCUGAUUACUGGGCACCUGGAUAUGGCGUCGGUGGAUUUUAACAUUCCUUUUUAGAAUAAAGAAGGAAGAAAUAUUAAGAUGAUAUAACAUCGUGAGCAGUCACUCUAAAGUAAUGAAAAGGCUGAUUGCUCACGAUGCUAUAUAUGCAUCAUGUAUUGUCCCUAAUCUAAUUAGGUUGACUUAAAUAAGUUGUGAAAACAUUAAUUAAUUUGUAAUUUUAAUUAGUUUCUAAGUAUGCAUUUAAUGAGGUGGUGCAAUUAUUCCUCCUUUGGUUCAGAAGGAUGAUUAUUACUGGUAAUUAAUGUUCUGUUUAAGAUCA